ACGGAUACAGGCGGUCAGUGAUUAAACUUUUGAUUACUUAUUUAUAUUGAUUUAUAUACAUUAUUUGUUUUUUAUUUUACUAAGGUUUGCUGUGCUGUGCGUACUUUUUAUUGUUGAAUAUAAGUAAAGUGCAGUGAUUUCGCGCCACUUCGACAGGCGACGGCAGGACAAGGUCAGUUCUGUCAAAUCUGCGUCGUCGCCACUGUGCCAUUGACAGACUUUAGUGCUUGGGAAAAGUCGACAAAUACAUUUGCUGAGGUACAGAAGUGACGAAAGAGAAUAAGGACAUGUUCAACCCUAUCAACAGUAGUCUACCCUCUGGGGAAACGACUGGCGGCUGCAAUAAAGAGCAUGACAACAAUUCAGAUGGUUCAUCAGAUGAGGACUCUAUAAGCCUGUUGCAUGAUCUUAAUACCAUCCAAAGCAAAGAGGGAAUGCAACACUGUGGUUUAAUUUUAGCAACCAAUAGCAAGGAGUCUAAGAAUAUGAUGGCAAUAAGCCAACUACAAGUGGCAGAAUAUGCUGUGGAUGAUGCAGACAAUGCAAAUGACUCUCAAAACGGUAAUAUGCACAAGGAGAUACAGCUUUACGAGACAGAUGAAAAUGAAGACGCUGUUCCUCACAAAACAUGCAGAGUAGAUGAGGCCUGUGGUGAAGUCCUCACUCAAGCCGGAGACAUCGUUAACUUAGAAAAUAUUGCCGCUCUCCAUAAAGCCUCUGCCGAGGGUAAUGUGGAAGGGGUCCAGGAGCUGUUCAAUGCUGAUGGCGAUAUCAAUGCUGUAAGCAAUGAUUAUGACACUCCACUGCUGGAUUGUGUAUCCUCUGGACAUCAGCAGGGAGUAAACAUUGUUUUCCAGUAUGGCUCACAGCCGAAUACCAGGAAUACAUUAGGCUUCACUGCACUGGAUGUAGCUGACCAGAUGGAGAAUAAAGAGCUUUUUAACAAAUCUUCCACAAGUCAAACGCAGCCUGAUACAUUGUCUGGUGAGCUUUCCGCUGAGGCUCACUCCAACAAGCUGCCACCAUGCCAUUCGAGCUUCAGUUGCACAUCAAACUUAGAACCCAGAGAAUUGGAUAAUGGAAACAGAACUGAUAAACCUGCUGGCAUUCCAUUGAGGAAGAAUGACACUGCAACAGAUAAUACUGCAAGGCAAAUGUUGGCAUCGGUGGAGAAAAAGCAAAAAGAAAUAUCAACUUGGUCUCUGACACAACCACAGGAUGGAGUUGUAUUUGUGUGUUCUUGCUUUCCAGUCAUAUACCUUUCAGCUAUAACAAAUAUUCAGAAUGAACUGGCUGAGAUCUUUGUCAAGCAACAGUUGGAGAAGGAUAAUCUUGUCCACAAAUACAAGAGCAUGACUUCACCCAUUCUUCAACAUGGGGUGAAAAUUAAAUUUCUUUCCCUUUGUUCACGGCAAAGGAAAUUAGUGAACAUCCUUCAGAUGCAAAUGAAUCAGAUGACGGAGAUGAAAAAAGGUUCCCAAGACAAACUCAUUCCAAAAAGGGGAACCCAAAAGUCAACAAGACGGGCCAACCCACAGAAAAGAUUGGCCCAAACCAAGGACAAGGUCCUUACAGUCCUUCCAGGUCUUUUUCUACCAGCACACAGGCAGGAUCACUCUUAUUUGCUGAAAAUAAUCCAAGCCAACAAUGUUCAAACAAAAUAUAUUUAUCCACCGUCACAAGGAAGAGCUAAAGAACAUAGCAAACAUCUCUCUCAGCUUAUCCAGAAGGGACUAAUACCACAUGGAGGUGUUUUACAGAUUUUCUUAAAGGGGAAGUGGCACUCUGCACAUGUGCAGGGCAAUGGUUCAAUAAAGGACAGCAAAGGAAAGUCACACUUGUUUCCAGAGUGCUGGCUUCAGUCUAUACUGGCGAACAACAUCCCUGUCAGUUCUACGUAUGCCUGGGACAAGGUGAUGUUCCAAAACAAAACCUUGUCUUACUUAUUCAAAAAGUUGACUGAAGAAAGUACAUCAGAGACGGAUGUCCAACAUAACAGUCAUGGUUUUAAUCAGGAAACACUAACCCCAGGUCUGUUCUCCCUAUCUGCUGGCAUAUUUGACUGUGGCCGCUCUGCACAUUUCCUGUCUGGCACUUCCUUUAGAUCAACUCAAUGUAGUAAGAACAGACAAGCAGCCAGUGAAGUCUUGGUUUCAGUAUGUGAAUUAUUAAUUCCACGUCUUCCAACUGGAGGUUCUCUAAACACCAAGUGUUGACAGUUACUUUCAAAGCCAUCGUCUGUUUCUGUAAAAUAUUGGUAUGAAAUAUGUUUCAUGUUUUUCAGUGCCAGGUCUGAAUCCUCUAAUGGCAAUCAGGACAGUUUAUUUGGUGGCGGAUGAAGAGCUGAUACCAAAUGCUAUAAUAGACAGCUACUGGAAGAGGCUGUUACAGAAGGACUUUCCGCAGUUCUAAUGACGGUCUCGCCAUCAUC